AUGGCCUCUCUUAGCCUGGAAUAUGGCCCACGCGGCGGAGAUAGCACUGGCCAGAAACGGCUGCAAGAUAUUAAGCAGACGCGCUUAUUGAAUAGGACUGCAGGUUACCCUGUUCAAGUAAUCAUAGCGAAUGCUAUUAUGGCAGCAAAAACUAGCCCAUCAUUUUUUAGCUGCAGGUGGAGCUAUGCCGCGGGAUAUGCAGGCUCCACAUUAGUUAAGGGCAAAAGCUCGAUAGCUGUACUUCGGCAAGAUCUGCCACCGCGCGUAGGCCCGAGAAGGCAGGUUUUGAGUAGUAUUGUGGAUUACUCAAAAUUAGGCAUAAGCCUCGCUCCCUCACUUCCCCAACCUCGUCCCAGCAACAACAUUUCGCCAUGA